AUGGUUUCAAGAACAUGCAAUCACCUAGAAGGUGUUACGAUUAUUCUAAAGUGCGAGAACCUUCAGUUUCCCGAGCAAUUGGAUCGUGGUUUGGUGACAUAUAACACUGGAAACCAUGCUCUGGCCCUUCUGAUGACUACAGAACAGAUGUCCAAAGUCCGUGGACAGACCAUACCAAUCCAGAUCUACGUCCCUUCAUCAGCCUCAAAUGACAAAAUUUCCGCAAUAAAAUCCUACUGCACCUCUCCCACCACAGUUGUCCUUCAAGAAAAUGGACUGGACCGGUGCGCAAAGGAAGCAAUGGAGGCUUGUAAAAGUAUGAGGAUGACAUUUGUUCCACCGGCCAACGAUUCGGACAUAAUACUGGGCCAGGCAAUAGCUGCUGUAGAAUUCCAGGAUCAGGUUGCAGCCGACCAUCUUGGCGAGCUCGAUGCAAUAGUUGUACCGUGUGGUGGAGGGAGUCUUUUAUCCGGUUGUGCGUCUUGGUUUCGAGGCGUACCAACUCAAGUCUGGGGCGCCGAACCUCAAUUUGAUGGCCCAGGCCUCCAUGCAAGUUUGAAAGCGGGUAUAAUAUUGCCAAAACAAAAGUCUAUGGGAAUGACGAUCGCAGAUGGACAGCGGACAACACUCAGCCCCACGAGCUGGGCAAUCCUGCGCGAUCAAACAAAUCUUCAAGAUUCCGUCGUCGUUACAGAGGCGCAAAUACGCAAGUCGAUGUCACUCUACCAUGGAGAAUUUGGUGGCAUCAUUGAGCCAAGUUCCGCAGUUGCGAUGGCAGCAUGUUUUGAGGUUCCACAGCGUCAAGUGGCAAUUCACAAUGCUACCACUGCCACGGAAAUUGGCGUGAUACUCAGUGAAGGUAAUAUCAGUGCCGGAACUUUUCAUAGAUUGAGUCGCAACAUCAACUUGGCUGUUUUCACCAACGAAGCAGACCUAGCAGCAGGGGCCGUGGACUUGUUCUCUCAGGAGGGAAUACCAUGCAUUGGGCCGCCAAAGAAAGCGUCGCUGCUUGAAACCUCGAAGGUCUUCGCAAAACGAUUUAUGAGCAAAAAUAACAUCCCAACGGCCACCUAUGGCCAUUUCUCGUGUUACGAAGAGUCUCUUCUUUUUAUAGAAGAUCAAUUCGCUCAAGGGAGGAGAAAGGUAGUCCUCAAACAUCCCGGCAUCGGAGCCAGGCAAGGUGUCUUCGUUAUCGAAACGCUUGAAGAAGCAAAACAAACAUUACCAGACUUUGAUAUACUUAUUGAAGAAUUCCUCGAGGGUCGCGAGUUUACCAUCAUGGCUCUUACAGAUGGCCGAAAUUUCACCAUGUUUCCCCCCUACCUAGACGUCAAGACACGCAAAGAAAACAAUCAAGGCCCGAUGACUGGGGGUAUGGGCUGCGUGUGCCCUACGAUCAGGUGUACUGAGUCCAUGUUUCAAGCUUUGGCGCAAGGCUUUAUGGCGCGCAUAAUUGCAGGCUUGGGUAAAGAAGGGCUUGACUUCCCUGGAUUCAUUGCCAUUGAUGUUAUUUUAACUCACGAUGGGCCGAUUGCCAUUGAGUAUGACUUAAGACUAGGUGACCCGGAAACACAGGCUUUAAUGCCUCUGAUACAGCCUGACCUGGAUCUAGCAAAGGUUUUGGCACAAUGCCAUAGCGACCAGAUAUCUCUCAGCUCAUCACUCUUUCAAAAAGACAGGUUUGCGGCAGUUGUUGUUGCCGUAACAAAGAAAUAUCCACUUGAGCCAGAAACCCAGCCUCUGCAUGUCAAUCUGACUACACCAACUCAGAAAGCUCAGAGGGCAUAUUCUGGCAUGGAAGCAGUAAAGUUUGAAGGAAUGGAGUACAGGACUGACAUAGGCUGCGUAUUGCUGGCACUGGACCUAACGCAAACGGCUGCCCUGGCUGAUGCUUGCGAACGCAGACCUUCUCAGUGCCCAACACACCCUGUCAACGUUGAGGGGGCCCUGGAACUGAGUCGAGCCAGAUCAGUCAAACAUGUUUUCGUAUUCCCUGGCAAUGCUGGCACACAUGAGGUUGCAGCCAGCAACGGCACAGCCGGGAUUUCCGCCUUUGAAGGCGCCAGCAGCUCGGAAUAUCACGAUUUGGCGAAGCGUGCCAAGGACAUCGGUAUAGGUUUGGUAGUUGUCGGUCCUGAUGACGACGUGGUGAAUGGCAUCGAAGAAUCCUUUCGCAAAGUUGGCGUGUCUUGCUUCGCACCUUCGCGCGAGGCCGCAGAACUUGAAGGCUCCAAAGUCUCUGCGAAGGAGUUCAUGAAUAAGUUUGGCAUUCCGACUGCUCACCAUGGGAGUUUUGACAACCUCGAGGCUGCUAGUGCAUACGUGCGCCAUGUUUUCACCGACAAAGACCACCGUAUCGUCAUCAAAGCAGACGGCCUAGCCGCAGGGAAGGGCGUAGUUCUCCCUGAAACACCAGAAGAAGCACUGGAAGAUCUUCGCAGCAUCAUGAGCGACGGCAAAUUUUCUACAGCAGGCUCCUCAGUGGUAAUCGAAGAGUACAUGGACGGGUACGAGAUUAGCAUCUUGACCUUUAGCGACGGCAAGACCUUCUUUUCUCUUCCACCUGGGCAAGACCACAAGCGCAUUUUAGAGGGAAACAAGGGACCCAACACUGGAGGCAUGGGGGUUUACUCACCUGUGCCCAUGGUAACUCCAGAUGUCUUACAGAAGAUUGAUGAAGUCAUCUUGAAACCUACAUUCGAUGCUCUUGCAAAAGAAGGCCGUCCUUUCUGUGGCCUGCUGUUCACUGGAGUCAUGGUCACCAAAUCGGGCCCUAAGGUCAUCGAAUACAAUGUUCGCUUCGGCGACCCGGAAACUCAAAGCUCGAUGCUUCUUAUUCACGAAGACACCGACCUCGCGAGUGUCAUGCUGUCAUGUACAAAUGGGACACUCGCACAAAUGAAAAACAGCAUCAGAAUUAAGUCAGGUUUUGCAUGCAAUGUUGUUAUUGCAUCCGGCGGAUACCCAGGGGACUACAAAACUGGAAAGGUUGCUACAUUGAGUUCUCCACCUGAGGGGGUGGUUAUCUUUCAUGCUGGGACCCGUAAGGAGGACCGUUUGUUGAAGACCGCGGGAGGGCGUGUCUUUUCGGUUGCUGCUUACGGUGAUACCCUUGAAGAGGCACGUCGCAAAGCAUAUAUGGGUGUCGGCUGCGUGUCAUUCGAGGACAUGGUGUACAGGAAGGAUAUUGCUCUGGGGGGUCUAGCCAAAUGA